AUGACGAUAUCGUAUUCAAGGGCUUUUAUGAAGAAUCAGAAGACACUAAAGCCAAAAGAAGAAGAAUUGUUGGACCAGAAAAUAACAACUUCGAUGGAAAUUAUGAAAAUAAGCCUUCGACUAAUCGAAGAACUUCCGAAAACCAGAGUCAAAGCUAUGAUGAUGAAGAUUCAUCCACCGGUCAAAGGGAUGUGGAUUUAUCGACCAGUCCAGAGGAUGAAAGCUAUGAGAACGCAAGUGAAGAUCACUACAAUGAAGAUGAAGAAGAUUCAGAUGAUGACAUUGCGAUCAUCGCUGAAUUUCGAAGAGAAUUAG